CUCCACUCCCUCCCUCAGGAUAUAAAUGGAUAUCUCUUUGGUCACAGGCCCUGGUUCCUGCUGAGUCAUAAUGACCAGCUUCUCUGGUGGAAAACCUGCUAACGGGUCCAGCCCUGCCAGUUUCAGAGGUGCUGGUGGCCUCAGUGGUUACCACAUCUCAGAAGCACACCCUCCCUCCAUUAUAACUCCUUUCUGUCCCCUUUCCCUAUGUAGAGCCUUGGUGGUGCAGUGGUUAAGAGCUCGGCUACUAAUCAAAAGGUCAGCAGUUCAAAUCUACCAGGUGCUCCUUGGAAACCCAACGGAAGUAGAUGUCCAAGCCUUUCUUCCUCGUGUGUCUGAGUCUGGAAGCUCCGUUAAAACCUGCUCAGCAUCACAGCAGCCUCCACUGACAGACGUGUGAUAGCUGUACUUAACAAGCAUUGGCUGGAAUCGAACCCUGGUCUCCUUCAUGGAAGGUCCCUGCCCGCACAGCCCCCUCCCCUGAAACCCACAUCUCCUCAGCACCACUGGAAGCGGGGUGUCUCCGGAGACUUAGGAUCCAUUGCUUGCCUCACCCAGACUGCACCUUCCCCACAGGAGUGGAGGAGCAGAUGCUUAUUUUUUCUUUCUGCCCUCUCUGGGGGGGCCUUUUCAUUAGAGGGCAGAGAGAAGGAAGAUGAACUGGGUUAAAGAUGCCCUCCGUUGAGCACAUAUCAAAAUAAGCUAAGUUAAAUAGUGUAUGGCCCAGUUAACCCAUAGAUGUUGUACCGCCAGUACAGAACGAUUUGAAGGCUGCUGCUGCCAAUGGCGAGAUCCCUCUGCUUGUGAAUACACAGCUGAACCUUUCCUGGCUACUCCCUGAGCCACACCGGAGGAGAAAGCUUAGAAACUCUCAUCUCGGAGGAUGUCGACUUUGAAAUGCCCAGGGCCAUCAUCCCCACCCGCUUCAGCGCAGACAACAGGAGGCAGUCGCAGGCCCCGGAGGAAAUGUGUGCACUCUGAAGACAGCUCUCAGAUCACUCCUUUUCCGUUGGCCACGCGCUUCGCCACCCGCCAGGGGACUGUCAUAUUACCCAGAGGCUGCCUGUCCUACCCAGUUUUCACAUCAACAUUUGCCUCGCCCCGAAGCUCCAGGGCUGAGCGGCUCAUCCGAGGGGCAGCUCGCGGAAUCUGUCUCGUUCCGGCUCUUCAGACCGGAUUCGAGGGGUCGGGGAGGUGCCGCGGGCCGGGGAAGAGAACCUUAAAAACAUGCCCUUCUCCCCAGAAGCAGGGCCGAAGUGUCUGCGCCCACAGCAGCCCAGGGGCCACGUGCCCCGAAUGCCGCUCUACGGCGGUCCACUCCGGAUUUCUUUCAGGAAGAAAAACAAAACAAAACAACCCUAGGUUCCACGUGGGGCGAGAGUCCAGCCCCAGUCCCGACGCGGGAAGGGUGCUGGGUUCAGAAGCCACAAAGGAAGGCGCGCGCCCAGGCUCUAGAUCAGGAGGUACUUGGGGGCAGCGCGCACGGAGGACAUGCUGGCCAGCCUCUGCCCACUCUAAGGGACUUUCCUCCCAGAGGAAUUUUCUCUCAUCUUCCCCACGAGCGACAGCCCCAGGAAAGGGAGAGCCGCCGGAUUCAAACAAUAGCGCGGCUACCACCUUAGUUGUCCGACCGCUAACUUGACGCAGGGAGACAUCUGAGGGGCAUGCGUCUGGCGCGGGCUCCCCGGCACAUCUCGGCGCCCAGGCGCCGGGCGGCCCCUUCACCAGCGCCUAGCUCGCCCUCGCUUGGCUACGGGCCCUUCCGGUGCAAGCUCCUUCCUGGUACUUUCUCUUAAAGCGCUUUAGGGAGAAAGGAGAGCUGGACUCAAAUGAAGGUACAAAAGGCAGCCCUCACGGAAAAAGAAAGAAAAAUCAGCAAAAUCGCUUUGGUGGUUCAACCAAAGGUCAACAGCAGCAUUUCCCCAGCAGCUGACAGGUCAAAUGGUCAGGAAGCAACUGCCGAGAACAAAGCCCCCCGCUGUUCACCAGGGGCAAACCCAUCUCGUUGGCACUGAGCAAUUUUGUUGUGCUUUUAGGAGGGGCGGUGGGAAGAGGUUUCCGUCCCCCGCCCCCCGCCCCCAUCUCCCUUCCUCUCGGGUGGACAGGUCCGGUUUGGAGAGGAAACGGAGGAAGGGGCAAGGGGCGCUCUCAGGGAGAGGAGCGGCUCUUUGAUGGCGGAGGUCUGAAACGCCUCUUGGGUUCAGAGGCGAGUAGCGUUCGAGCGCGAAAGAAUGCGCGGAAUGCCGCAGCGGGAGGAAGGGGUGCAGCGUGGCAAGGAGGGUCACCCCAUCGGCCUGCUGGCUCCCCAGCGCAAGGGGCACCGAGGGCCGCGGACCGACGGCCCCUGGCAGGUGCCGCCGCCGGCUCGGCCGAGGCCGGCGCACUGUCCCUCCAGUUACUUGGAUAGGAUGCUGCCCCUUCGGGGGUUCUGACUUCUGAAUUUGACAAAACCCCCUUCCCCGAAAAACGUGAAGUUUCGCCAGCUUUCACUUCAAUCAAGCACACCGCGCCAUCGGAUAUUCGAGAAUUGUGUCUAAACAAAAGGUCGGAAUUCUCUGCUGUCCAGAUUUACAGGGGGAAAAAGACACCUUCCUAGCCUCCCGUUCCCCAAAUAUCCAGUCCUAUUGCCUCCUGCUCUCGGAGCCGCGGUCUCGCCCCGGGGCAGGAGGAGUUGGCCACCUUCCAGGAGGAGCUCAGAGUUGGGCAGCGGGAGAAAUAAUAAAGAGCGCUCC